UUCUGUCAUUUUCGUCUGCGAUCACGUUUACCGAGGCGAGGACUUUUUUCCUUAAACUUUCGGAAUAAAAUAUUCUGAAAAGGUUGACUAUUCACGUUUGUUUCAGCGUAGUAUCGUUUCAUUCCCUUCCAAAAUGCAACCGCAAAUUAUUCUUCUCAAGGAAGGAACAGACUCUUCCCAGGGCAAACCGCAGCUUGUCUCGAACAUCAAUGCCUGCCAAUCGAUCGUCGAUGCGGUACGAACGACACUCGGUCCCCGUGGUAUGGACAAGCUGAUCGUGGACAGCAAGGGAAAGGCCACCAUUUCCAACGAUGGGGCGACGAUCAUGAAGUUGCUGGACAUCGUACACCCUGCAGCGAAAACACUCGUCGACAUUGCCAAAUCGCAGGAUGCGGAGGUUGGCGAUGGUACCACGAGUGUGGUGCUGCUGGCCGGUGAAUUCCUGAAACAGUUGAAACCAUUCGUGGAGGAAGGUGUGCAUCCGCGCAUCAUCAUCAAGGCAGUACGGAAGGCGCUGAACCUGUGCGUGGCCCAGAUUAACGAGCUGGCGUUCAAGAUCGAAAAGCACGACAACGAGAAGCACCGUGCCCUGCUGGAGAAGUGUGCAGCGACGGCCCUUAACUCGAAGCUGAUUCAUCAGCAGAAGGAAUUCUUCUCGAAGAUGGUGGUCGAUUCGGUAACGACGCUCGAUGCGCUGCUUCCGCUGAACAUGAUCGGCAUCAAGAAGGUGACCGGUGGUGCGCUGGAAGAUUCGAUGCUCGUCGAAGGUGUGGCCUUCAAGAAGACGUUCGUCUAUGCCGGGUUCGAGAUGCAGCCCAAGAGCUACGACAAUGUGAAGAUUGCGCUGCUUAACAUUGAGCUAGAGCUGAAGGCGGAGCGGGACAAUGCGGAGGUGCGCGUGGACAAUGUGGCCGAGUACCAGAAGGUGGUCGAUGCGGAAUGGCAAAUUCUGUACGACAAGAUGGCAAAGAUUCAUCAGUCCGGCGCGCAGGUCGUGCUGUCGAAGUUGCCUAUCGGUGAUGUGGCGACACAGUAUUUCGCCGACCGGGACAUGUUCUGUGCUGGCCGUGUGCCGGAGGAGGAUCUGAAGCGUACACAGAAGGCGUGCGGUGGUGCGGUGAUGACGACGGUGCAGGACAUUAGCGAUAAGGUGCUGGGAAAGUGUGACCACUUCGAGGAGCGUCAAAUCGGUAGCGAACGGUUCAACGUUUUCCAGGGCUGUCCGAAUGCGAAGACGUGCACGAUCAUUCUGCGCGGUGGUGCGGAACAGUUCCUGGAGGAAACGGAGCGUUCACUGCACGAUGCGAUCAUGAUUGUGCGUCGUACGAUCCGAAACGAUUCGGUCGUGGCAGGUGGUGGCGCAAUUGAGAUGGAACUGUCGAAAAUGCUUCGCAACCAUUCACGCACGAUCGCCGGCAAAGAGCAGCUGUUGAUCGGUGCGAUGGCGAAGGCGUUGGAAAUCAUUCCCCGUCAGUUGUGCGACAAUGCCGGUUUCGAUGCUACCAACAUUCUCAACAAAUUGCGCCAAAAACACGCACAAGGCUGCCAGUGGUACGGUGUGGACAUUAUGAAGGAACACAUUGCCGAUAACUUUGAAGCAUUCGUGUGGGAACCAUCCGUCAUCAAGAUUAACGCACUGACCGCUGCUUGCGAGGCCACCUGCAUGAUACUGUCGGUGGACGAAACGAUCAAAAGCCCCAAAUCGGGUGGCGGAGAACCACAGCAGCCUCCGAUGGGCCGUGGCAUGGGACGUCCGUUCUAAGCGAACGUGUCUUUCCCCUUGCCUCCCGCUUAUACUUACUACUUUAGUUUUGCUCACGCUUUUCUCCA